AUGCAGGUCCCAGCGUAUGAGGGCGACGUCAAUCUUUUCGGUGCCGAGUCGAUUGCCAUCCAUGUAGCAGGAUGUGCUAACACUUGCGCCAAGAACUGUGCUGAAGUCGUACAAUGGUUGCAAUGGGCUGAGGGUCAUCUCCUACCUACAGUUCUGGGAUACGUUCUUCCUUCAGUUUCUGCAGCAAACCUCGACAAGAAAGUCGUUGACACCUACAAGGCAGAGUUAUUGGCGCAGCUUCAACAUCUUGAUGAGGCUCUCCUCAGUAGGACAUACCUUGUUGGAGAGCGCCUUUCCCUGGCAGAUAUCUCCGUUGCUUUGGAUCUUCUACCUGCCUAUCAGCAUGUCUUUGAUGCACCUACCCGCAAGAAGAUCGGUAAUGUCACGAGAUGGUUCCAAACUGUGGUACACCAACCCAUCGUAAAAGAAGUACUUGGUGAAGUUCACCUUUGCGAUAAAGUUUCGCAGUUCAACCGUGAGCAUUUCUCAGAUCGUGCGUUUUUAUUCUAA